AGCGACACCAUCCUCGUGUAUCUCGAUCACACAAAAUCUCUCUCUCUCUCUCUCUCUCUGCGGCUAAAAUUAAAAGCAAGAGAAAUUUUUAAAAAACGACUCUGCUGCUCUCUCGCUUCCCCCUUCUAUAUUUUUUUUCUCUCGCUCUCUAUCUCAAUCGCCAAGCCGACAUCCUAACGGUUCGCUGUCGUAAAACGGCGGCGCCUGUAUUUCCCUACGGAGGAGUCUCAACAUCCUUUUCCAUUUCUCGAUCUCUCAAACUCGUUCUGUGCUCUUUACUAACUCACAUUUGUUGAUAUCACUCUUUUUUCUGUGUGUGCGCCUCAAAUUAAAUUCGCGAUAAUAAAAAUCGUCUUAAAAAGAGAUCAAGUGUAGUUUUAGAUAAUUGAAUUCCAGGGUUUUAAUCGUCAUAAAAAGGUAUACAAGAUGAUUGGAUCAUUUCUAACAAGAGGGCUUGUGAUGGUUUUUGGCUAUGCUUAUCCAGCUUAUGAGUGCUAUAAAACGGUUGAAUUGAAUAAGCCGGAGAUUGAGCAACUUCGCUUCUGGUGCCAGUACUGGAUUUUGGUGGCUGUUUUGACAGUUUGUGAGAAAUUUGGAGAUGCUUUUAUUUCAUGGGUUCCAAUGUACAGUGAAGCUAAGUUGGCGUUUUACAUAUACUUGUGGUACCCUAAAACUAAGGGAACUAGCUACGUGUAUGAUUCCUUCUUCAGACCAUAUGUUGCGAAGCAUGAGAAUGAAAUAGAUCGCAGCUUGUUGGAACUGAGAACAAGGGCUGGAGAUAUGGCAGUUGUAUAUUGGCAAAGAGCUGCAAGUUAUGGUCAGACGAGAGUUUUUGAUGUUUUGCAGUAUAUUGCUGCACAGUCAACACCAAGGCCUCGCGCUGCUCAGCCACAACAGCAAGGUGCUAGGGCUCGCCAGCCUCCUGCUCCCAGUCGGCAACCUUCUACAAACCGCCAGGCAACUCCUGCACAAGCAGAGACCGAGGAACCUCCAUCUCCCACUUCUAGCACGUCUUCAAGUCAAAACCAAAUGGAAGUGGCAGAGGUGGCAGCAGGUCCUUCAAAAGUACUUGAAACAAUAGUUCCUGCAACAGCUUCUUCAAAUGCCCAAAAAGAAAAUGCUGCUGCGUCUGAGGUUUCCAGCCAACCUAAACCAACCGAGGAAGAAGCAGUGGAGACUGAAGAAGCGCCGCCAUCAUCUUCAGCAAAUGAAAAUGAAAACCCUGCACCAAAGGAGACUGUGAUGGAGCAAACAAUGCGGGUUACACGUGGCAGAUUGAGGAAAACCCGUUCUGGAACGAACCGUUGAAGAGCGGUGUCAGUUCCCCCCCAAGUUUAGCCCUCAGAACUAGCAUUUAAUCAGUUGGUUGAUGGUGAUGGGUAUUGGAUCCUUUGUGACAUUGCUGUAAAUUUGUCACCUUCUGUUUACUAAUUCCAUUUGUUGCUUUAUUUUUUGAACUCAAGUUGGCAAAUUUAAGUGUCUUGGGUUAAUUAA